CGACGUCUCCCAGGCUUCGUCUUUUCCCCAGGCCGCGGCGUAGCUGGCGGUUGGUGGAGAAGGCGGCAGCCGUCCCAGAGGAGGCGAGCAGGGAGUCGGGGCGAGCCCGAGCUCGUCACCCCCUCGUGCUGCGGUGGUCGCUCGCGUCCCGCCGGCCCGCUCCCUGUCGUCCUGCACUGCUGCGGCCGCCGCGGAACCAUGGCUGUGCUCGUCGUGCUCUUGUCCUUCUUGGUGGCGGGUGUCUUAGGGGACGAGUUUAGUAUAUUAAGAUCACCAGGGUCUGUUGUUUUCCGGGAUGGAAAUUGGCCCAUACCAGGAGAGCGAAUCCCAGACGUGGCUGCAUUGUCCAUGGGCUUCUCUGUGAAAGAAGACCUUUCUUGGCCGGGACUUGCAGUGGGUAACCUAUUCCACCGUCCUCGGGCUACCGUUAUGGUGACGGUGAAGGGAGUGGACAAGCUUGCUCUACCCCCAGGCAGUGUCAUUUCGUACCCUUUGGAAAAUGCAGUUCCUUUUAGUCUUGACAGCGUUGCAAAUUCCAUUCACUCCUUAUUUUCUGAAGAAACUCCUGUAGUUUUACAGUUGGCUCCCAGUGAGGAAAGAGUGUACAUGGUGGGGAAGGCAAACUCGGUUUUUGAAGAUCUCUCAGUAACACUAAGACAGCUCCGCAAUCGACUGUUUCAAGAAAACUCUGUUCUCAGUUCACUUCCCCUCAAUUCUCUGAGUAGGAACAAUGAAGUUGAUCUGCUUUUUCUUUCUGAACUGCAAGUGCUACAUGAUAUUUCAAGUUUGUUGUCUCGACAUAAGCAUCUAGCCAAGGAUCAUUCUCCUGAUUUAUACUCACUGGAGCUGGCAGGUUUGGACGAAAUUGGGAAACGUUACGGGGAAGACUCUGAACAAUUUAGAGAUGCUUCUAAGAUCCUUGUUGAUGCUCUACAAAAGUUUGCAGAUGACAUGUACAAUCUCUACAGUGGGAAUGCAGUGGUAGAGUUAGUGACUGUCAGAUCGUUCGACACAUCCCUUGCGAGGAAGACUAGGACUAUCCUUGAGGCAAAACAAGCGAAGGACCCAUCAAGUACCUAUAACCUCGCAUAUAAGUAUAAUUUUGAAUAUCCAGUGGUUUUCAACAUGAUACUCUGGAUAAUGAUCGCCUUGGCCUUGGCUGUGAUUAUCACCUCUUACAAUAUUUGGAACAUGGAUCCUGGAUAUGAUAGCAUCAUUUAUAGGAUGACAAACCAGAAGAUUCGAAUGGAUUGAACUUUCCUUAUGCCAACUUAGGAAAGGGGUUUGGAAAUCGGCUGUUUCGUUAUAAUAAAUCUUUUAGUGUAAAGUAGAUAGUAUAAAUUUAUAAAAAAAGCAGAUUGUGUUCUCGCUUUUGUGUGCCUGUGAUGAUGUUCUUUUAGAGUGAAUUAAUUAUAGUAUUGAUGUGAGUUGAUUUGUGUGAUACAGGUUCCAUAAUAUGCUCAAAUACUAUGAUUGAUAUAACCAUUUAAUAUGAAUUUCAUUCCAUUUAAUAUUUGGAAACAUGCACUGAAAUAACAGUUUGUGUUAUUUAUGUUGGGAAAAUGCACUGACUUUGAAAUGCUUAACUUCCUUACUUCCUUACACAGGACAGGUGAAAGUGAUAAUUGGACUGUUAUAUACUAUGAACAUAAACAUCUUAAUCUGAAACGAGUAAAGUAAAGGUUUUUAACUUCAAGCAGCUCUAAACUACGUAUGUCUAUGCAUGUGCUUAUAUAGUCACUUACUUAGAUUUGGACUUCCAUCUGAUUGACAGACUAGACUAUAGCUGUUUCUUAACCUCUUCUGAAAGUUUGGUGAUCCGAAUGGUCAGGUGUGGAUAUUAAAGAUACUACAUUGAUCUAAGAAGGAACUAGCUUUGUGGAGUUAUAGACGCUUGUAAUUAUACACACAAAAACAUUUGGGGGACAUCUUGGGGCAUGAUUUCAGUAAUUUUUCCCCUUUUGUAAGUAAGUUACUCUGGUUUGCAGUACAACAUCGUUCUAUAGAACGUUAAGUGGAAGUAGAUGCUCCCUACUUUUCAUGUGGAAGUGGACCAAUGUCUAUAAAGAGUGGCAAAUAAAUAAAGUUAAUAAUGAUUCCAAA